AUGGCAUCCAAGGACAACGCGAAUCCCAUCAUCUACACCCCCUCGUCGUCGUCGCAGCUCGCCUCGAACCGCGACUCGGCCCACGCGGCAGCAGCGGGCGCGCAAGAGUGGUGGCGCGAUCCCUCGGUCCACUCGUCGGCCUCCUCGUCGGCGGCCCUCGCAAACGACACCCUCGCCUUCAGCGUCGAUAGCCCAAAUGAUGACGAUGACGCCGACGACGACGAUGAUGUUGACGACGGCAAUGGCCUGCACGGCGACGACCUCGACCACGGCAUCGUCUCCGGCGCACCACCGCGAAACACGGGCGAUCACAUCCAGCUACCAGAGUCGGUCGGCGGCAAACUCGGAACCGGCCUCGACACGGCGGCUGCGGCCAGAAACCACGAAGAGCUCAUCGACAGCCAGGAAGUCUAUGACCUGAUCCGCUCCAUCACCGAUCCAGAGCACCCGCUCACCCUCGAACAGCUCGCCGUCGUCAACGCUUCGCACAUUGUCGUGGAACAGGGAGACGCUGCCGCCAACAAGCUGCCCCACGUCCUCCUCGAGUUUACUCCGACCAUCCCGCACUGCUCUAUGGCCACCCUCAUCGGCCUCUCUCUGCGCGUCCGUCUGCUGCGCGCGCUGCCUCCGCGGUUUAAGGUCGACAUCCGCGUGCGGCCGGGGACGCACCAGUCCGAGAACGCCGUCAACAAGCAGCUCAACGACAAGGAGCGCGUGGCGGCCGCCCUCGAGAACGCGCACCUCCUCGACGUCGUCCAGGGCUGCCUGGCCAGCGCCGCCAGGAGAGGCAAGACCGAGGACGACGUGCGCAGGGAGCUCGACCAGGGCGGCGCGGGUCCCGGGCACGAGGUGUGGAAGACGGUGGAAGAGGUGGCAAAGCGCCUCGGCGUCGAGGCCUAG